GAAUUAACAAACUAAACAACCAGCUAAGUUUUGAAAAACCAAUCCUCUUUCACAGCUGAAUCAGUACAAAACCAAAGUGUUCCUCAAAGCAUAUCCUAAUAUGCGCUCGAACAAACUUCAGAAAUGUGCUCCUAAAUCCACCACCACUCUUAAUUAUCAAGUCAUUCUGUUAAACAUUGUCCUCUAAAUCACUCAGUCAUUAGUCCUCUCCGGUUACCAGUACACGGCCUUGGUUUGAACCCUUUCGUAGUUUCAUGCGAGAGCUUCAAACAACCAAGGCUUGUCUAUGGAAGCUCAAAGUGUGGUGGUAAUUCAGGAUGCAUCUAGAGAAGUUAGUUCGAACGCCAUCAGAUGGGCACUGCACGGCUUAUCCCUUAAGCCUGGUGACAGGCUCACUCUUCUUUCAGUUCUUCACCAGGUUAAUAAUCCUAGUACGUUAUCUUAUAUAGGAGCUGCGAAACCGAUGGGAUUCAAGAGCAGAGUGGAUGCUUCGAUUUUCGGAGCCAACCACAGAAUUGUUGAUGAAGAGAUUGCAAGGAAGAAGAAAGAGUAUCAAAACAAUGUGGAACUCAUUCAGAUUGCGAAGCUAUAUGAGUUGAAAAAGAUCGGGUUCAAGAUCGAAGUGGAUGCAGGUCCUUCACCAAAGAUUUUCGCUGUAGAAGCAGCCAUGAAAUUAGGGGCAACAUGGGUGAUACUUGAUAGGAAAAUGAAGAAAGAUAAGAAAUACUUCCUAGAGAAGCUCUCAUGUGGGAUAUCAAGGAUGAAGCAAAAUAACCACAUUGAACAAUUAAGAGGGAAAAAAGUUGUAGGAAUCAAGAAAUUUCCCACAGAAAGAAGCCGUACCUUGGCAAUAACAUAUGGUGAAAUGUUAUCGGGAGGCCAAGAGGAGGAAGAUCUAUUCAGCAUAGAACUUUUCCCGAGUCACGGAAGCACUAAAUCCACAAGUUCUACUUCAAGUGAGGAAAAGUGCAUUGCCUGCCUCAGGAUGGAGGAAAGCAGUGGGAAAACAAACAAAGAAACUACAAAACAGGUACAUCUAGAUACCAGUAUUGAUAAACAAGUGAUGGGUUCAACUGAAGCUUAUCGAAUAAGUCAAGAUCAACAACCAACACUAAGCAUCGACAUGGAAGAUUUGAUGGGAACAUUGAUGCCUGAAGUGAUAUUUGAUGCUUCAAAUUGUACAAUCUGCAAGAAUAGACGGCCAGAGAUAGGGUUGAAAAGGGACUUCACUUAUGCAGAGCUCCAAGCUGCUACAAAUGAAUUUUCCCCGGAGAAUGUCAUCUACGAAGGAGGAUAUGGAGCUGUGUUCAGAGGUCGGCUAGAAGAUGUGUGGACUAUAGCCGUUAAGGAAUAUAAGGAUUCAAAUUUGGAAGGAGAAAAGAAGUUCAAGUCAGAGGUCCAAGCACUCGGCAAAACCAGACAUAAGAAUUUGGUCAUGCUACUGGGAUCUUGUUCAGAAGGAAGCCACAGAUUGCUUGUCUAUGAGUAUGUGUGCAAUGGUUCCCUGGACCAACACUUAAAAAAGUGUACCUGCAGAACUUUAACUUGGGAAGAGAGGAUGAAAAUUGCACUGGGAGCAUCCAGAGGUUUGAAACAUCUGCAUGAGAACAACAUUAUCCACAGAGAUAUGAAACCAAACAACAUUCUUGUGACGCAUGACUACGAACCACUGAUUGGAGGUUUCGGGGUUGCAAGAACACAGGAUGACUCAGACCAGUCCUCAGACGACAAGGUCAUUGGGACAUUUGGAUACUUGGCACCAGAAUAUGCAGAGUGCGGGAAAUCAUCAACCAAGGCGGAUGUAUACUCCUUUGGUGUGGUCCUAUUAGAGCUGAUCACUGGUCGGAGUACUACUGAUAAAAGGCUCAAGGAGAAAAGUCUACUGGGAUGGGCAAGACCACUUCUGAAAGAAAAGAAGUAUGCAGAGUUAAUUGACCCGUGCAUCGUCAAUUCCCAUAACUGCUACCAGUUCAUUUGGAUGGUUCAAGUAGCAGAAAAAUGUCUCAGCAAGGAUCCCCUGAAAAGACCAUCCAUGUAUAAGGUGGUCUCUGCAAUAGAAAACAUUAUGGAAGGGAGAACACCUUGGGGAAUAGAAGCAGAAGAAUUGACUAAUGCAAAAUUGUAUACAGUGACCAGCGUACCAAUCGCAUAUGGAUUUCGAGGUUGUGCUGAGAAAAUUGUGCAAAACUGCACAAGUUCAGAUGUUCAAAGAAGUAUGGUCACAAGUCAGGCAACUGGGAUUCUUGCACUAGGUUGCUCAGCAACCAUUAUGCCGAGAGGAUCAAACGCAUCCGCAAGUCGUAGCCCCCCUCAAUGUAGUCCAGACAGUAAUAAUAAAAGUAUAAGAGCGAAACCAGUGAGUGUAAAAUCAGUAUCUUAUGCAGAAAUGCUCAACUAACAUAAUUUCUCUUCCUGAAGCAAUAUUGGAUCAUUGCUUGAAUGAUAAGGAAGUGCUUCAUAAUUUUCAAAGAGAGUUUCUUUGCUACAUAACUAAUCAUUGUCAUUUAAAUUCAGGUAUGUGUAUGAGAAUUAUGAAUACAAAUAUCUUAUAAUACAGAAUAUA